AUGCAGCUUCUGAACGGGGUCGCGCUCGUGACUGGCGGUGGUUCGGGUAUAGGGCGAGCUGUCGCGCUUGCCUGUGCAACAAGCGGAUGCCGAGCGAUUGUGAUUGCGGAUGUCAAUCAAGCUGCCCUUCAAGAUGUCGAACAUGACAUCGUGUCAAUCCGUGCGGAUAUCCAAGUCCUUCCGCUGCUGAUUGAUGUCAGCAAGCCAGAGUCAGUGACUAGUAUGGUCAGAAAGUCAACAGAGGCUUUCGGCAGGCUCGACUACGUUACUGGCCCCAAGAUAUCUGUCAAAGCGCGCGUCUCUGCCAGCAAAUACCCGACCGAGGAAUAUGAUGAUAUCCAAGCCGUCAAUGCACGAGGUCUCCUCCUUUGCGUUCAGUCUGAAAUCCAAGCCAUGUCGGAACAGGAACCUGCUGUCACGGUAUACACACACAGUCCUGUCAGGGCUCAGAGGGGAAGCAUCGUCAACAUCGGCUCAACGUGUUCAUUCUCUGUCAUUCCCAAAAUGUUUCCGUACGUCGUCUCAAAACAUGCUGUUGUUGGAAUCACCAAAAGUGCUGGAAUUGAUCAUGCAGCUGAGAAAAUUCGUAUCAACGCUGUCUGUCCCGGCCUAGUCGAAACGCCCAUGAUUGCCAGGAGAAGACAACAAGUCCUGGUUGAAAAGAGAGAUAAGUCUUCAGGCACUUUAUCCCUUGACGGGAACGCAACCUCGGAUACAUGGAAGCCUGCAGAUAUGUACAACACCCCUAUGGGGCGGUUAGCACAACCAGACGAAGUGGCUGACACAUGCAUCUUUCUCGCGAGUUCCAUGGCAAGCCACAUCACGGCGACUUGCAUUACCAUAGACGGUGGCAGGUCUGCUUCGUAUUGA